UUGCUAAGCUGCAGAAAAUAAAAACAGAAAACGCCCUAAACCCCAAGACUCCAAGAGCGCCACCGUUCCGACUUGCUUCUUCCCUGCCCACCGCCGGCUCCGUCUCUCUUCUUCUCAGCUCUGAUAUGAUGGGGUCUUCCAAUAUUAGAGAUAUACUGACAUGCUUUAGUCCCGCUCUGGAUUAUCUUGCCAUCAGUACUGGAGAUGGUAGAAUUAAGGUAUGGGACACAUUGAAGGGCCAAGUCCAGACUGAAUUUGCUGAUUUGACAUCAACUGAAGCUUCCGAGACGUAUACUAAAGCAGGAAGAGGACAUCUUUCAGUUGAUUAUAAAUGCAUGAAAUGGUUGUCUUUAGACAAAAAGAAGAAAAGGAAGCUUGGAAGUUCAUUACUGGUAUUAGGAACAGGUGGCGGUGAUGUCUUAGCACUUGAUGUGGCUGUUGGUCAAUUAAAGUGGAGGGUUAGCGAUUGCCAUCCUGGUGGUGUCAAUUCAGUUUCAUUUUCUACGGGUGGUUCAUACAUUUAUACUGCUGGUGCUGAUGGGAUGAUCUGUAAGAUUGACCCCUACGCUGGAAACCUCUUGGGGAAAUUCAGAGCUUCUGCAAAGGCAAUUUCUUGUAUCUCUCUUUCAUCAGAUGGGAAAAGGUUAGCCACUGCAUCAGCACAGCUGAAGAUUUUCAAUUGUUCUGAUCACAAAAAGAUACAGAAGUUUUCUGGCCAUUCUGGAGAUGUUCGUUGUAUGAAUUUCACUGAAAAUGGGAGGUAUGUACUCUCAUCUGCUGCCCGGGAAAGGUAUGUUUUAUUAUGGAAGAUAGGUGGUGGAAAAGAGCAGUCAGCUAGCUGUGUUCUUGCAAUGGAGCAUCCUGCUGUUUUCCUGGAUAGCUGGUGCAUUGAUAAUGGGCAAGUUGAUGAGGCUGGGCUAUGUGUCUUGGCCAUUUCGGAAACUGGUGUUUGUUACUUUUGGUAUGGGCAGAGUAUUGAUGAAUUAUGCAAAACAAAGCCCGCAAAAGUUUCAAUAUCUGAUGAAGACUUUUCCAAAAGUCAGAAGGGUUCCUCGCCUACAAUUUUUGCUGCAAAAUUACAAGGCGUUGCCAAAUUUGCCUCCAUACAUGCCUUUAUUGCUUGUGGUUUGCUUGUGAAGCCAACUUUUCAGAAGAUAUUAGUGCACUCUGGCACAGAUAUGAUGUUGACUAGCUCUCGGGAUGGGGUCCUUCUACCAAUGAGUCAGUCAGUCAUCAAUUCCAAGAAAGGGGUAGAUGGACAGAAUAAAGUUACUGCAUUGGACCGUGCUGAUGCGGAGGAUGCCUUACUUCCAAUUCCGAAGGUUGCUGAUUUUCAUGAAAAAACCAGCAGACAUCAAGAUUUGACCGCCGUUGCUGAUCAGAUGAUGGAUGAUUUGGUUGACCAUCAAAGGCAAGCAUUACAUGGAAAAAAUGAAGAUAAUGCGGUAGAUAUGGAAGCUGAUUCUGAAAUGUUUUGCAUGGAGAAUAGGCUGAGGUCACUUGGAAUACUCCAGAGUGAAGAUCUAAUGUCAACCUCCCUGUUUGAUUCUGCAAUGAUAAAGGAUAUUGAUCUUGAAGCUAAUAUGCCACAAAAGAAGAUAGGGUCAGCUGUUCAAUCUAUGGCACCUAGUGAUGCGUACAAGUCACUGGAAACAUUGGUGGCCCUGUGGCAUUCGAGGUCAUAUAGUGGAGAACGUAUUCUUCCGUGGAUUUAUAGCAUAUUGGUGAAUCACAGUCAAUAUAUCAUGUCUCAGGAACCAAAAAACCAUCAGAUGCUUAGUUCCUUAAUUAAGAUUACCAAAUCCAGAGGGGUGGCUAUUCAACAUUUACUGCAAUUAUCAGGGCGUUUGCAGCUUAUAACAGCUCAGAUUGACAAAGGAGCAAAAAGUAUAACUCAAAAUCUUCCACGUGAUGAUCAAAUUGAUGCAAGUGAAGAUGAGAAUGAUGAUAUGGAUGCAAUUCCUUCUGAGGAGAGCGAAUCAGAAAUAAGUAGUGACGAUGAUUACUAAACAAUAUUUAUGUCAGUAGAUAAUCUACUCCACACUUAAAAAGUUCCAUAAUUGUGGAUUAACGGACAGGAGGAGGGUCAAUUUAGCAUGGGCUGUCCAUCAACGCGUGCCAGUUUGUUGGUUUAGUUCAUUUUUGCUGGAAGCGCGGUAAUUCUAACCUGAAAGCAAUAUAUUUCUAGGCACAGCCCAGCAACCGUGUCAUGAAACCUUUCCUUUGUCUAUAAUUUUGUAUCCUUCCGUUCUCCCUCUCUAUAAAUUGUGUCUUCAACCUUUCAGAAGAAAUUUAUAUUUCUCUUUGCACUCUGAUGGAUGCUUUGGUAGUCUAACAAUGGUUCUUCCUUUUGUUCUUAAUCUUUUGUAAUAUUUUAUGGUAGUCCACUUCUAUUAUACUAUAUAUUUAUAACAA